AUGGACGUCAGGGCUGCCCUGAAGGCGGCGCUGCUGCUCGGCGUCCUGCUGUGCGCGCAAGCUCAAGAGGCGGUGUACAGCAGGGAGGAGUGCCCGGUGCUGUGUACAAAUGAGAAGGAGUUCGAGACGCCCCUGCCCGAGAAGCCGAAAUGCAAGGAUGAACCAGGAGCCAGGAUUCAGGAUUGGGCGACUGUGAUGCUCAACCAGGUUAAGAACAAUGUCAAGGAACUCAACCCCCCUGGUGUGGGUCGUCUGUUGGGGAUAUUCAGUGCGUGCGUCCAUGACGCUGCUGCCCUCGGGAGUCCUAAGAUGACCCCCUUCUACUCGAGGCAGCAGAAGAAGGCCAACGACCUUGCAAAUUUCGAGGUGGAGGCCGCCAUCGAUGGUGCUGCCUUCGAGGCCCUUCGCAGCAUGUUCUCAGAGUUCGACUCCUUCGGGCUGGUCGUGGACUUCAUGCGGGACCUGUGUGGAAGCAGCAAGGUCCCCAAGGAGGGUGGUGUGGACAUCGAGGGCACUGGCGAUUCCAAUGGCCUGAAGGUCACCACCCGCCCCUUCCAGAAAGGCGAGCUGGAGUCUGCCUAUGAGGGGGAUGACUCCUUUGCCCUGGGCAAUGCUACCUGCCGUGAUGUGAUCGCAGCGUACACCUCUGACGGUUUUGACACCAUUGGGCGGCCCUUGCCAGGUACUGUUGUGGAGGCCCAUGUGCCAUUCAAUGAGCCACAGGUGAAGCCUGGUGUGACAGAUUGCGCAGCAGAGAUCAAGUCCCUGGACCGCUGGCAGCCGCUCUGCGUGCCUGUGGCGUUUAUGUCCGAGGAAUGCAAUGUCCAGAAGUUUCUUGCACCCACCGCCCGCGAGUGGCACACAUUUGGACUCCCCAGCGGUGAUUUCCUGAGGCCAGAUGGCCCACCCAGCUUCGAUACUGAUGAAGCAGAGUGGAGGCGACAGGCUUUCGAGGUUGUCGAGUUUUCUGCCAAUCUGUCCGAUCUGACCAAGAUGGUCGCUGAGCACUGGGCGGAUGGCCCUGACUCCACGACGCCUCCAGGGCACUGGUACCGCAUUGCACUCGAGGCCGCUGAAGUCAAGGAGCUGGACCUCUUCGAGACCGCCAAGGUGAUCUUUCUGACGGGCAUCUCGCUCGCGGACGCCGGCGUCGCCGCCUGGGACACCAAGAUCACCUUCGACCACAUCCGGCCCAUCACCAUGAUCCAGUGCGGCUACGGCGGCGACCUUGUGGACUCCUGGGUGGGCCCCUAUCAGGGGGUGGCCAAGAACCGGGAGGCCGCCACCUGGCAGCCCUACCAGGCAACAACGUUCGUGACACCGGCGUUCGGCGGCUACAUCAGUGGCCACAGCACCUUCAGCGCGGCCUCAGGCGGCGCCCUGGACAACUUCUUCGGCACGGCAUACGUCGCGCCCAAGUGCCGGAGGAUCACGGAGGGGUCCAGCCUGUUCGAGGGGAGGAUCGACGAGGGAGAACCCGGGUUCGUGGAGGGGCUGACAAACGUGCCCAACAAGGGGCCCAGGACCACCGGCUACGCCCCCGCCACAGACGUGGUGCUGUGCUGGACCACCUGGGACGAGGCCGUGGAGGAGGCUGGCAUCUCGCGCCUGGCGGGAGGCAUCCACAUCAUCGCCGACCACACUGACGGCAUCACGGUCGGCAAGGCCGUGGCCGACCUGGUGUACGAGAAGGCCAAGAAAAACUGGAUGUAG